AUGGGUAAAGGAGAAGGAAUUAAAAACUAUUACCAGACAAAGAUAGAGGAGUCAGAGUUAGUCAUAAAUGAAAAGACUCAAAAUUUGAGACGUUUAGAAGCCCAAAGAAAUGCGUUGAAUGCUAAAGUUCGACUACUUCGAGAAGAAUUACAACUUUUACAAGAACCUGGGUCAUACGUUGGGGAAGUAGUUAAACUUAUGGGCAAAAAGAAAGUGUUGGUUAAGGUACAUCCUGAAGGGAAAUAUGUCGUUGAUAUUGCUCCAGAUAUUGACAUUGCCAAUAUCACACCAACUUGUCGUGUAGCUCUUCGAAAUGAUUCGUAUACAUUACACAAAAUUCUUCCUAACAAAGUUGACCCACUUGUUUCUUUGAUGAUGGUAGAGAAAGUACCAGAUUCUACAUAUGAAAUGGUUGGAGGAUUAGAUAAACAAAUUAAAGAAAUUAAAGAAGUAAUAGAGUUACCUGUAAAACAUCCAGAAUUAUUUGAAAGUUUAGGUAUUGCUCAACCAAAGGGUGUUUUACUUUAUGGUCCUCCUGGAACUGGAAAGACUCUACUAGCACGUGCAGUAGCUCAUCAUACAGAUUGUAAAUUUAUUCGUGUUUCUGGUUCUGAGUUGGUCCAAAAAUAUAUCGGAGAAGGGAGUAGAAUGGUUAGAGAAUUAUUUGUUAUGGCAAGAGAGCAUGCUCCCUCAAUUAUUUUUAUGGAUGAAAUUGAUUCAAUUGGAUCUUCACGUAUAGAAUCUGGUUCUGGAGGUGGGGAUUCAGAAGUACAAAGGACAAUGUUAGAAUUGCUUAAUCAAUUAGAUGGAUUUGAACCUACUAAAAAUAUAAAGGUCAUUAUGGCGACUAAUCGAAUUGAUAUACUUGAUCCUGCACUGUUACGACCUGGUAGAAUUGAUAGGAAAAUCGAAUUUCCACCACCAUCUGAAAUUGCUCGCGCAGAUAUUUUAAAGAUUCAUUCACGUAAAAUGAAUCUAACUCGAGGUAUUAAUCUACGUAAAAUUGCUGAAAAGAUGACAGGUUCUAGUGGUGCAGAAGUCAAGGCCGUUUGUACGGAAGCAGGUAUGUACGCGUUGCGAGAACGACGUGUACAUGUAACUCAAGAAGAUUUCGAAAUGGCAGUAGCAAAGGUUAUGAAGAAGGGAGAAGAGCAAAACGAAAGUUUACGAAAACUAUGGAAAUAA